AGUUACUGGCCCUCUCCGCUGCGCCGCUUCUGCUCAGUUCACUCACUCACCAGUCUCUACCGGGCGGGUGGCGCACCGACCCACCGCUCCACACACACGCACACUCCGCUUCUCACAUCCAUUCAGCUCGAUUCCGCAUCGUUGUCCGAAGAUGACCGUGACUAUUGCGGGGCCAUCCACGAGCCUAACCUCCACCAACCGCGGAGAGUAGAACCGGAGCCGAGGAGAGAGAGAGAGAGUAACCCACCUCUCUCUCGUCUCUCCCCAUCAUCUGCCUCAAUCCUUUGGGCAGCAAACCGACAGCUGAAGACACAGCGAUUUCUGCUGAAAUCUAGCUCUCACCCACAAAACACCCUCCUGCUUUUAGCUCUCAAGACGCGUCUCGUCGGGAUAUUGUGGAAGUAGUUUCACACAAGGAAUUUUCUGAUCUCUAUUCACUGAAGAUGGAUAAUAUAAACGUGGAGUCGGUGGAGAAGGAGUGCGGGGCGCUUGGUGGAUUAUUCCAGGCGAUUGUCAAUGAUAUGAAGUGUUCAUAUCCUGUCUGGGAAGACUUCAGUGCCAAGGCCACCAAGCUGCACUCUCAACUCCGAACCACGGUUUUAGCAGCAGUGGCAUUUCUGGAUGCCUUUCAGAAGGUGGCGGACAUGGCGACCAACACAAGAGGUGCCACCAGAGACAUCGGAUCAGCGCUGACCCGCAUGUGUAUGAGGCAUCGCAGCAUUGAGGCUAAACUACGCCAUUUUACUAAUGCUUUGAUGGAGAGCCUGAUCACUCCUCUACAGGACCGUAUUGAAGACUGGAAGAAGACAGCCAAUCAACUGGACAAGGACCAUGCCAAAGAGUACAAACGGUCUCGUCAUGAAAUAAAGAAGAAAUCUUCAGACACCAUGAAAUUACAGAAGAAAGCCCGGAAAGGCCGGGGGGACCUUCAGCCACAGCUGGACAGUGCAAUGCAAGAUGUGAAUGACAUGUACCUGCUGAUGGAGGAGACGGAGAAGCAGGCGGUGCGGCGUGCUCUAGUGGAGGAGAGAGGACGCUUUUGUACCUUCAUCAGCUUCCUGCAACCUGUAGUGAAUGGAGAGAUUGCCAUGUUGGGGGAGAUCACUCAUCUCCAGGCCAUUAUUGAUGACCUCACCGUGUUAACCUCAGACCCCCACAAACUGCCCCCGGCCAGUGAGCAGGUAAUAAAAGACCUUAAGGGUUCUGAUUACUCUUGGUCCUACCAGACUCCCCCCUCCUCUCCCAGCAGCUCCGGCUCCAGGAAAAGCAGCAUGUGCAGCAGUGUAAACAGCGCCCAUAGUAGCGCCUCUCGAUCCUCUGGUGGCUCUCAGACUCACUCACCCAGUUCGUCCUGUCGCUACCGCAGCCUGGCCCAACCGCUAACAACCGCUGCACACCGCCUCAGCAGCGUCUCCUCCCACGACUCCGGCUUCAUCUCCCAGGACGCCAACGUCUACUCCAAACCCCCAUCACCCAUGCCCUCCGAUAUAACCAGCCAGAAGUCAUCGAGUUCAGCAUCCUCAGAAGCAUCUGAGACCUGCCAGUCAGUUAGUGAGUGUAGCUCUCCAACAACAGACUGGUCCAAGGUAGGUUCCAGCGAGCAGCCGCUGGCCAGCACACUUCAGAGGAGGAAAGAGCCUCUGGAUAGGCUGAGGGAGGCAGAAACCUCUCCUCAGUCACAGGGGUAUUCUGGGAUGCAUUCGGAAGAUCCCCAGAGGCCAAGGAUGAACCCGGCCACUAUAGCCGCCAAGCAUGGUGAGGAUGUCUCCCCAGCUGCCAGUGAUCUAGCUAUGGUCCUGACACGAGGCCUCAGCAUGGAGCAGCAGAAGAGCAGCCGAGACUCCCUUCAAUACUCUAGUGGAUACAGCACUCAGACAACCACCCCAUCCUGCUCUGAAGAUACCAUCCCCUCACAGGGCUCCGAUUACGAUGGUUACUCAGUGAAUGGUGACACUGAGGCCGACGGUCAGGCUGAAUUUGAUAAAUCCUCCACGAUUCCUCGUCACAGUAAUAUCGCCCAGAAUUACCGGCGCAUGAUACAGACUAAGCGUCCCGCCAGCACUGCAGGCCUGCCUAGUGGAGUGGGCGCUCUGGGCGGACCACCCGGCGGAGGGGGCGGUAUCCCCGGCACAGCCACCAUCCGCCGAACUCCGUCUACGAAGCCCGGGGUGAGGCGCACCCUCUCUAACGCUGGCCCAAUUCCUAUACGCCCACCCAUCGUGCCAGUCAAGACCCCCACUGUGCCUGACUCACCCGGCGGGUACACAGGCCCUCCCGCCCGCGUGGGCAGUGAAGAAUGUGUCUUUUAUGUGCCGGAUGACGCCUCCCCGGGAGCGCUGGAGUACGUGAAGGCUUCACCGAAGCGGCUGAGCCUGCCUAACACAGCCUGGGGCUCAGGGGGCGUAGGCGGCUUAGAGAUGAGCGUCUACGGCCAACCGGGCGAAGAAGAUCACUUGCUGGCUGCCAAUCGCCACAGUCUGGUGGAGAAGAUCGGGGAGCUUGUGGCCAGCGCUCACGCCUUAGGUGAGGGCCAGUUCCCUUUCCCCUCGCUUCCAAACCAGCCUCCGCCAGGCCCCGAGUCCCAACCCGAUCCCGAAGCGCCCCAGGAGGGUGAGGACAUGCUGAGGUCUAUUCGUCGAGGGGUGCGACUGCGCAAAACCGUCUCCAACGAUCGCUCAGCGCCCCGGAUUUUGUGAUGCCUCCUGGAGAGAUGGGAGAAUACAAGCGAAGUAACCCAGAAAAAAACUUCACAAUGACUCUUUAGAAAAUGAGCUAUGAAAAAGAGGAUUAAAAAAUUAAAUGUUUAAAGUCAUUAUAGAAAAUAAUGAAUAACAGUAAUGAAAAAAGUAAAUGAUAUGUAACAGCAGGCUCAGGCCACUAUAACUCUUAGCGUGUCCGAACGCAUGUUUGUCUUAUUAACACGCCCAUCACCGCGGGAUAGUUGAACUGUAGUGAGACAAUUAACUACUGACAGAACAAGGGACCAGGAUGUUUGGGGGAUUUUUGUGGUCCCCUCCAGAUCUCCGCGUGGUCCCCUUAAAAUAACGGCCCUCCCCAAAUUAUGGACCCCAGGAAUCAGUGCUGGAGAAGCUCACGGGGUACACAGGGGCUCUUCGCAAAUCCUUGCCCUACACAACGCUCUCUCUAACCCCGCCCUCACCUCCAGUAAAACUGACAUCACAUCCUGAAAGUCUUGUGGUAUCGCUGUUGUGUGUUGGUCUGCAGUCUGGAGGUGAGCAGGGCUCUGCUGCAGGUCAGCUCGUGGUUGCGUAGAGGGACAGGAUUUAUCUUUCGUUUGUACACUUGCGUUGUCUUGUUUGUUUUAUUUACAAGCAGUUAAUCGCCUCCUAGCUCCUAAGAGUAGGAAACGUUCAUGUCAGGUAUGUGGAUUUUUGUAGAAUUAGGGUGAACAAAACGCCAUGAUAAUGUGGAGCAAUAAUGCUUUUUUUAUUUUUUUUUUCCUUUGACGGGGGAAGGUUUCGAAGAUCAGCUUUUAAUAAAGUUGUGCGUUUUUGAUGUUCAGGUCUCUUUGGGGAAGCAGAUGCUUUCGAAGACUUCUUGUUGAGUCUAAUUAUGGCUUAUUUAAAAAGAAAAUGAGAAAUAGAAAGGAUGCAGAGCACUUUUAAGGCGUCGUUUUGACCACUAGUUGUCACUGUGGCCACACUGUGUGUGGUGAAUGCUGUGAGACGGCGCGGUCACGUGCCCUGGUACAUAGGGAGACGAAUGAGCGUGGCAAUGUCAUGAUAUAGGAAAAAAGAGAGAGAAAUGGGAUGUGAAGCAGAGAUGGAGGUAAGAAGAAUGAUUUGGCAACACUUUACAGUAGGAUCAAUUUGUUAACACUAUUAGUUAAUGUAUUAAUAAUAUCAUGAACUAAUAAUGAACAGAAUUUAUUAUUCUAGGUUAAUAGUAACUUCUACUUAUUCUAAUUCAUUUUUUACAUUUCAAGCAGUAUAAAUUUUGACCCUGGACCACAAAACCAGUCUUAAGUAGCACAGGUAUAUUUGUAGCAAUAGCCAAAAAUACAUUGUAUGGGUCAAAACUGAUUUUUCUUUUAUGUCAAAAAUCAUUAGGAUAUUAAGUAAAGAUCAUGUUCCAUGAAGAUAUUUUGUAAAUUUCCUACCGUAAAUAUGUCAAAAUGUAAUUUUUGAUUAGUAAUAUGCAUUGCUAAGAACUUCAUUUGGACAACUUAAAAGGCGAUUUUCUCAGUAUUUUGUUUUUUUGUACCCUCGGCCAAAUAUUGUCCUAUCCUAACAAACCAUAAAAGGCGAUGGAAAGCUUAUUUAUUUAUUUUCAUGAUGUAUCAAUCUCAGUUUUAAAAAAAGUUGACACUUCUGACUGGUUUUGUGGUCCAGGUUCACAAUUACCAUCAGCUAAUGUAUUAUGAAAAAACACUACACUAGCAUUCAAAAAGUCUAAUAAAAUAUUAAUACAUUUAUUCAGCAAGUAUGCAUUAAAUUUAUCAAAAGCAACCGUAAAUUUACAAUGUGACAUAAUAUAAAAAACCUUUCUAUUUGUCAAAUAAUCCUGCAAAUAAUUAAUCACAGUUUCCACAAAAGCAGCCCUGAUAAUCAAAAAAAAAAAGGCUUUUAUUAAAAUAGUAUAUUUGAUUUGACGUUUUCAAAGACUAUAAAAAUCUUACUGCUUCCCAACUUUUGAACAGUACAUAUUUAUAAAUUAGCAUUAACUAGAUAAAUAUAUAUUUUUUAUGUAUGUUUUAUUUGGUGUUUGUUAGUGUUUUAUUAAGUGUUGUUCAUUGUUUAUGAUACCGACUGCAUUAACCAGUUGAAUCUUAUUGUAAAGUGUUACCAAUGAUCUUGAAAGGGAAUUGGUUGAUGCAUUAUAUUUAAUUUCCAAUUUGAGCAUUUAAAAUAAGUACUCGAGUUUUUCAGGAAAUGUUCUUUUACUUGUCAAGCCUCAAACCACAGUCCCCCCGAUAUCUUUAGGAGGGGUGGAGAGAACGAGCUAAGAUGAAGGCACACACCUGGCUGCCAUUUUUUGGGACAUAAGAAUGAACUUUGAAUCUGCAGAGGGAAGAAGGGAUGAAUAAAGGAGGUGGAGAGAAUGAACUCUGGGAAGAAAUCUCAUCCAGUUGUUUAUGAUAAAAGCAUUCCACUGCCUGUUUUAGAUGAUAUAGGAGUAAAUACCUAUGACACGAAAGGUCGCUGGUUACCCCGGCUUACCCGACGUGAAGAAAAACAAUGCUCUGUGAUGAUACUGGAUGUGGAAGUGAUACGUAGAAGGUCAAAACAUAGUUUUAGUCAUGUAGUGUCUGUUUGUGAGUGACUUUCUGUUCUCCCAAAACUCCCUAUAACCCCUGCGGUCAUAAAUAGUGCUGUUGCGCCAGACACUUGCUCCUUACUCUGACUUUUGGGUUGUUUUUUUUUAAUUAUUUAUUUUGCAUAGCGCACUCUGUUUUAGGAAUGCCUGUAGCGUGUUCAAAAGGAAAAAGUAUGUCUGCUUUGUGACAGUAUGUACGCCUGUGCCGAUCUCUCGUCGACAAUAGUGCCGUUCUGGAACGCAGAGGCCGUAUUGUGAAUAGGCUGGAAUGAAAGAACAAGGUUAUGGCAAUUCAAAGCCCACACUGCCAGCCAAUGAGCAGGUCAGAACUUUGUAUAUAUUCAUAUAUACAUACAAGAAGGUGAACAGUACAAGUAGCUUCACUAAAAAAAAAAUUCCCCAUACAAAUGUUGUCUUGCAAUGGGGGUCAAGAGGUGGGUAGGGAAUCAGUUGACAACAGAAUUGAGUUCGGCAGCAAUAUAGUAAAGUUUGCUGGACAAAAGUCAUAUCUAAGUGUUACAUAUCCACAUAUUUCAUACUUCAUAGCCUGCUUUACGUAGUAACAAAUCACAAAGAUAAAGUUCUCAGAAGUUCCAUUCAUAGCAUUAAAUACACAGACACUUAACGGCAAGACGAUACGACAGGAAGGAAGAUGGAGAGUUGAUGAGAAGUGAAAGAGAAAGAAGAAUGGGAUGAGCAAGAGUGAGAAAGACAAGGCCAGUGGAGAAUAAUUGGUGAAAGAAACAGGUGGGAAGCGAAGCGAAAAAGAGAGAAGGAAAAAAAAAGACACAAAAGCCUGAUUGCAGGUAGUUGGCUUACUGUUGUCUCUUUAUUGUAAUGUCAGUCUCUACGGGUUUCUGCUCCCGAGGUCAUGAAGCAAGAUGACAGUUUAAAGUCCCUUUGGAGAAAACUGGGGGAUAGAAAAACUACCACUGUCAUUCAUGAGCUCAGCCUUCAGCGUCUCAAUACUCACAUACUCACACACAGCAGAUAGACUCUUUUGGUUCUCAGGUGAUUAUACGCACAUUUUCUCUUUGUUUUGCAGUGUUUAACAUUACUCAUGUCAUGCUCAUUUGUCUCCCGCCGAAUGUCAUGAUAUGCUCACUAAAGGCAGCCAUCACAAUUCAGCUGUGAAAAUACGAUUUCAUUGGCCUGUUAUCUUACACUUGACGUUCGUGAAGCUCAGGAGUCACAGUUUGUCCAACAAACUCUCAUGCCAAUUUGCAACCAUUUUACGAGUUGGUGAAUUCAUACAAUUGCACGUUUUAGUAUUAGGUUAAGGGUGAACCUUCAUGUUACGUUUUUCUAAACAUCGCACUGUACAAAUUUAUACAAAAUCACCACCUUGUAAAACAGUUGCACUUUCUCAUGAGAUCGGGUUGGUUUGUCCUUGGAGCACCCCUAGUUAUUUUAGGAAUUAUCAGGGAAGAAGUGGUUUAGAAAUAUAUGUGCUUUGAUGAUGUGUACAUGUGAUUUUUGAGGGCAAUAUUUUGGUUGAUAUUCUAUCUUAAACUAUCUUGAACUUCUCCCACUCUCCCCUAAAAAUAAAUAAUUACAAAACGCGUCCCUAUCCACCUUAUUCUUCAGCGCCGAACAAAGCCCAUGGGCGAGACUUCCGGUUCGUUCAUUAGCAUACCAAAUAAAGAAUAACAAUGUGCAGUAAAGGUAAAACUGUUUGCACUACAAACCAGUGUAUUCAUAAUUAAGAUACAUUAACAUAAUAUGGUAAAACACACCAAGUUGCAAUACCAAGGAGCAAAACAAGCUUUUGUUAUGUACAGCUAAAAAUACCUGAACGCGGAUGCGAUCGGAAGCCUGACCCAUAAAAUGUACAAAUGGCCACGCCCACGCUUGCGGUAAAAAAAAAAGGUGAAUUGAGCCGAUUCGCCUGGAGAUACAUUAGCAAGUAGCACACUGGGGAUUUUGGGUGAAUAAUAAUAAAAAAAAAAACAAACAAGUGUCUUCAGUUCCGCCUUUACAAUUUGUUGGUGAGCCAAACGAAUGCCAAAAAGACGUGAAUUGGCUAUCCUUUGUAUUUACAUUAAGUAAUAAUUGACCAAAUCCUAUAGAGUUAGCGCACAAUCAAUGAGUAUAAUGUUAGCCUUAUGCAACUUUAUGCCUUUUUGAUAUUCACUCAUGCCAGCUGCACUCUAGUCGUUUCUCUGUCAUCCCAUUUCCCUUGUCAUUGUGUUUCACAUGUCUAAAAUGGCUACAGACAAUAAAUGAUCAUGUGGUGCGGGUGACAAAGAGAUGAAAUGCUCAUUUGGGCCGGAACACGUGCAGCCUGCCUCUUCUUCAGCUACUCACGCGCUGUUCCUCGAAGAUGCCCUGAAAGACACCCGUCUCCCACGCUCGGUUCAGCCACGACACCGCGAUUUUCCCUCGCUGUCAUCUCCACAGAGAGCUCUCGUGGAGGGAGGGCUUGGCAACCGGGUGUCAUGGAAACUGAGCCGUGUGUCUUACGCCAUUAGUCUGAGUUGCGAGUCUUUUCUUUGCCGCUCGCAUAUAAGGAGCAUCACGCACAUGCCUCACAAAACAGAGCCCAACCAGUAGUUUUUUUCAGCUCAAAACUUAACCGGUGUACUUGAUUAUGUUUCUUAAUUUCAUUCUCGUGUAAAAGCUAUGACGUGUGCAUUUGUUUUUGUUUUUUUGUCCGACCCCAUCCCUCUUUCCUCCUCUGACUGAAGUUGAGUAACGCUACAGGUGCUGUUGUCUCUGUCUUUCUUCUUUCUGCUUUUCUCUCUUUUCUGCUUUAAUUUAUUGUGCUGUUUUCCUAAGGCUAAUUUGCCACUGUUGCUGAUAACAUCGUUUCCUUUUUGGUAAUAUUUAUCCUUCUAAUUUUUGUUAAGUUUAGUCACAGCUAAUGUAACAAAACACACUGUGAUGAUUCCAGUAUUAAUAAAAGUUGUACUUAAACUG